CUGAAGCGGAAUGACAUGCAGCCAUAUUUGACUGUAUUCAUCAAGCCCUUCCCCCCUUCAGCAUCUUCAGCAGGACCGUGAAGAAAGCUGGACAACGGAUGCCAAUCGAAAGGAGACUUUACCGAAGAUGGCCUCGCCAAGAACAGUAACCAUUGUCGCCCUUUCCUUUGCACUGGGUCUGUUCUUCGUGUUCAUGGGUACAAUAAAACUCACACCAAGGUUGAGCAAAGAUGCAUAUAGUGAAAUGAAAAGAGCGUACAAGAGUUAUGCAAAGGCCCUUCCAGCAUUGAAAAAAAUUGGCAUUUCUUCUGUACUUCUACGCAAGAUUAUUGGUACUCUUGAGGUGGGAUGUGGAAUUGUUCUGACCCUUGUGCCAGGGAGACCAAAAGACGUGGCCAACUUUAUUCUGCUGCUGGUCAUGCUAGCGGUGCUUUUCUUCCACCAGCUAGUUGGAGAUCCUCUAAAACGCUAUGCUCAUGCCCUAGUGUUUGGUAUUUUGCUGACGUGUCGGCUGCUCAUUGCUCGUCAGGGUGAGGACCGGCCUGAGAGGGAGGAGAGACGAGAAGAACAGAUCACCGCCCAGGAAAAGAACAAAGUCAAAGUUUCUUAGCUCCACAGUUUCACAAAGAGCGCCUGGCACCAGAUCUAUUUUUCUGGAUAGUAGGAGAAGAUGCUCGGAAAAAAAGACAGUAGUCCCAAAAGGUGAUUUAUGUCCCACAGCUACAUAUCAGCAGCCUGAAAAUCAGAUCUUAUGUUACCUUUACCUCAUGUCUCACCUGUAAAACUUCUUAAAAUACAAAUAUUCAGUUUGGAUAAUCACCAUUGUGGCAGCUGUUUUGGCUGUGGUUUUGCAACAAAAGAUUAAACUACUGUUAAUCCCUUUUGUAUUUAUUAUUAUUGUUUUGGCCCUGCAUUGAACAAUAUCCUAAACGCCACUUUUAAGGUUACACUGUGAUACAGGUAACUUCAAAUGUCAACAAUUUUUGUGAUGUUUUAUUUACUUUUUGAACUACUGUCAAUGAAUACUGUACAAAACGUUUGUAAUGUUUACAUUAAGAUUGAUUUUUUUUUAAGAAAUGCUGUAUAUAAUUUGUUAAAAGGUUAGAGUCAGAUGGCAGAGGGUAGCUUUUCCGUUGCCUCAAAAUCUGUCACAGCCUUCACAAAUGAAAACAUAAAAGCAGUUUGUUCAGUUACACAUAAGUUCUACAUAUUAUUAAUCUUACUGUAUCUAUUAUUUCUUAAUUUACAUUAAAUAAUAUUUCUUUGUUUCUUUUAUUAAAUUUGAUUUUCUAGUUUGGCUCUUGAACUACACAGUCCAAUAAAAUCGUAUCCUUGGAUUCUGCUUAUGGUUGCUUUCUCCCUUUGAGUCAUAGAACUACCACAUUGUUUCAUUCUUAAAUGGAUAAAAUAUAUAAAAUUGUUUUUGUGUUUUUUCAGAUUUUUUAAUUUACUCUAUUUUCUUUAGAUCAAUUUGUUCCUUUAUACUGUUCCUGAAAACCCUUACUAAUUUUACAUACUUGAUUCAGGUUAUGCAUCACUACUAAUAAACUGAUGAAAUGAAUCGGGUGUGUUAAAUAAGUGAUACAUUUAAAAUGCACAGUGCUGGAGGGAGUAGAAUUCAGAAACCUAUCUGAUAUGUUUGGAUGUAUACUGAUAAUUUGCUGUUUGUAACUGCAUAUAAAUACCUAACAGAGAACAUGACCUGUGUCUAAACCUUUACCAGAAUGCCCAGCUAGUUCAUGAACUGAAUUGUGCAUUCUUAGUUUACACAGAAUGGGUCAUAUUACACUCUUGACAGCGAGGGAAUAAACUGAUGUUUGUGCAUGCAGAUGCUGAACAAAGAUGAAUAAAAUCUCUAUGCAGUUUAUCAUGGAGUUUGGUGACAGUAUUAAAAAC